UAAAUGCAGUCCAGUUUCUUAUAAAAAAAAACAAGGUAGGUCUUAAAUUCUCAUAAAUGCAAGCAGUCCAGUUUCUGAAAUAACAAGGCAAAUUAGUUUUCUGAGUGACUAAAAAGUUAGGGAGGAUGGAAGCCAUUGUAUCUAUAAUAACCGAGCUUUUACGGGCAGGGAUCCCACUUGCAGCAAAACAAGUUCAGUUGAUUCGUGGAGCUCCUGAACGAGUGCAAUCACUUCAGGAUGAGCUGCAAUUUAUUGAGAAGUGCCUCAACGAAUAUGAUGGCGCAUUCGUGAAGGAUAAUAAGGUGAACGAGUGGCUGACCCAAAUCUAUUGUUUAGCUCUCGAAGCAAAGGACACCAUCGACACAUUUAAAACUGAAAAACAUACCCAAAACCAAAGGACCCCGGUGGCAAGGUUGCUUUACGCUUGGCCUCACGGCACAAAGCUUCGUAAGAUCGCUUUAAAAGUUGAUAUGAUCAAGAAGAAAAUCGAGGAAAUUGAUGGUUACAGAAAGAAGUACUGCGUUGACGGCCUAGUAGUAGCCAAGCGGAAGCGCGAUUCAGAGUGGUUGGAGAAGCAAAGGAGGGAAGUUGAGGAGGAAAACGUGGUGGGAUUCGGCGUCGCGGUUGAGGAAGUGACCAAUAAGUUGCUGACUAAAGCGUUAAAGCGUGAUGUUGUUUCAAUUGUUGGGACGACUGGUUCCGGCAAGACGACUUUAGCUAAAAGGAUUUAUGGGAGUAUUAGCAACCAGUUUCAACAUCAUGCGUGGGUGUUUGUGCCUAGCAAAUAUAAAAUGAAGGACUUGUUGUUAGUCAUCCUUUCGGAACUGAUGCCAAUCGAAGAGGAAACAUCGAAGCUAGACGAUGUGAAGUUGGGUGAGAAGCUGAGGAACUUUUUACAAGGCAAGAGAUAUCUCAUUGUCAUGGACGGUGUAGAAGAAACUCAACUAUGGGAGACCUUAGAAAAGAACAAGGUAUUCCCUAAUGAAAAACAUGGAAGCAGACUGUUAUUAACUACUCGCUCAAAGAAUGUGGCUUCACUGGCAAGCUCAUCGAGCAGUCGUAUUCAUAAUAUUCAACCUCUUGAUGAUGAAGCAAGGUGGGAACUUUUGGAAAAGCUGGUGUUCAAAGAUGAAAAAUGCCCUCAAGAACUGGUUAAGCUCGGGAAACAGAUUGCUACCAAGUGUGCUGGCCUCCCACUUGCUAUUGUCUCUUUGUCUAGUUUACUAGCCAGAAAUAAAACAUACGGGAACUGGUUGCAGAUCAUUUGCAAGGUCACUUGGUACCUUAAUCCACAAGACAGUCAACCAAGUUUUGGGAUAUUAGAUUUAACCUAUGAUACUACAAUACCAGAACAGCUUAAGAAGUGUCUGCUUUAUUUGGGUGUUUUCCCUAGUGGCUUUGAAAUCCAUGCAAGGCAAAUCAUCAACCUCUGGGUAGCAGAAGGACUUAUAGAAGACACAAUGAGGUCAAAAGCUGAGGAAAUUGGAAGGAGAUACUUGGAAGAACUAAAUAGUUUAAGCUUGAUUGAGAUUACUAGAAAAAGAUCAGACGGUGGUGUAAGAACAUUUCAAAUCCAUGAAAUUUGGAGGAUGUUCUGUGUUUUCAAAAGUGAAAGCAUUGGGUUUCUUCAAGUUCACACCGAGUUCGGAUCACAUCCAUUUAUUAGCGGGCAAUGGUCAUGGAGGCUUUCCAUUCAUUAUGAUUUGAGGUACAUUUUGUCUAAUCGAGAUUAUUUACCCCAUUUAUGUUCUUUGCUUUGUUUUCACAACGAGGCUAGCCUUGAUUCAAAUAGAUUGACAUUACAAUGCAAACAUUUCUCGAGACUCAAAGUGUUGGAUUUAGGAUCUACACGUGUUUCCAAGGUUCAUGGAAGCAGAAAAAGUUUAUCUCUUUUGAAGUAUUUGAAGUUGAAUAGUCCUUAUUUGAGCAGUCUACCUCGUACCUUGUUUAGUCUCCCUAAUUUACUGACACUUGAUAUUAAAAACACUUGUGUUAUACUUCCAUGCUUGCCUAGUGGGAUUUGGAAAAUGCAGAACUUAAGGCAUCUUUUGUUACCUCCACAUACCACGUUGCCUAAAUGUCCUGAUCAUCAAAAACGUUUAUGGCAUCUACAAACUCUUUCAACAAUAACUCCUAAUGAAAACACUGCAGCACUCAUCUUUGGUUCUAAGUUUCCGAGCUUGAUUAAGUUGACUUUAAAUAGUCAAGACAUGGAGCAGACAAAGAGAUGUUUGGAAUGCCUCUACAAGUUGCAUUGUCUUCAAAAACUAAAGAUUAUCAAUCUAACUAAGUUUCCAACAGCAAGGACAUCAUUCCCAGCAAGUCUUGUUAAGGUAAGCUUGGUGAAAACCGACCUAGUUGCUGAUGAUGUAAUGAGAAUGUUGGAGUGUUUGGAUCACCUUCAGGUGUUGAAACUGCCAAAAAAGUCCAUUAGGGGACCCAAGCUGGAAAUGGCACCCAACUCAUUUCCUCAACUCAGAUUCCUUUUCAUGGAAGAAAUACUUGUUAAAACAUGGAGGAUGGGUGAUGGAGCCAUGGGCAGCCUUGAAGAGUUGACCAUCACUCGUUGCCAUGAACUAGAAUCACUUCCAAAGCAGCUUUGGCAACUCCAUAACAUACGCCAGGUAAAGGUGAAUUCUCCCUCUCAAUGCUUGAGACGAGAGCUUGAGCAGCCAAGUGUGCAACGAUGUGAAAUCCAAAUACAUUUUUGAUGACAAGAAGAGUGGCUUCUUUAUUGAAGGCAGCUAAUCAGUCAAAUUAAUCAUUUUUCUAAUUUUCUUUUUUAUUUUGUAUGUUAUAUCCUGAUAUAUAUUAUCGAAGAGCGGUUUGGAUUGUCUACUUAA